CCUCCGUUUGGUCUUCAUAUUCGUUUUCGUUUCCGUCUUUCCCUUCUAGUUGAUCUAUUUAGCGUCAGUUUUUUUGACCAACAAAAAAGGAAAAUCAAAAAUAAAAAAUAAAAAAGGGAAAAACGCUUCACUUUCAAUGCCAUUGAAACAAUCGAAUUGAUCAACUUCACACUCUCUGUAGCUCAUAUUUUCGGAGUUGAAAUUCGCAAAAAUUGCUUCAAUUUUCAUUUUUAUAUUCUCACAGGAAUUUUGGAAAAGAAAGAGCCCUUGGAUUUUCUCUCUCUCUCUCUCUUUCUUUUUACUUUUUGUGUUUGUCUCAUUGCGUUAGGGUUUAUUUUUUGGGAAAUGAAGUCUUCGAUUGGUAAACUUCGAAGAUUUGCGCUUCACAAGAACGAUGGCAAGGAUAAAUUGGAUUUUUUGCCUUCGGCUCAUUUGAGUGAACUCGCUCAAGCAGCUCAGGAUAUGCAGGACAUGAGAAAUUGCUAUGAUAGCUUACUUUCUGCAGCUGCAGCAACAGCAAACAGCGCAUAUGAAUUCUCGGAGUCAUUGAAAGAAAUGGGCUCCUUUCUACAGGAAAAAAGAGUGCUACCUGAUGAUGAAGAAAGCGGUAGAAUUUUGUUAAUGUUGGGAAACUCGCAGUUUGAACUCCAGAAACUUGUGGAUAACUAUCGCUCACAUAUAUUGCUGACAAUCACAAACCCAUCAGAGUCACUUCUCAAUGAGCUUAGGACUGUUGAGGAUAUGAAGAGACUGUGUGAUGAAAAAAGAAAUGUUUAUGAAUACAUGGUGACACAACACAAAGAAAAAGGAAGGUCAAAAGGUGGAAAAGGUGAUACUUUCACUUUGCAGCAAUUGCAAACAGCUCGUGAUGAUUAUAAUGAAGUGGCAACCCUUUGUGUUUUCCGAUUGAAAUCUUUGAAGCAAGGGCAAUCCAGAAGUCUUCUAACACAAGCUGCUCGUCACCAUGCAGCUCAGUUAAAUUUCUUUAGGAGAGGACUUAAAUCACUUGAGGCAAUUGAGCCCCAUGUUAGGCAGGUCACAGAACAGCAACAUAUUGAUUACCAGUUUUCUGGCCUUGAAGAUGAUGAUGGGGAAGAUGGUGAGAUUGCCUACGACCCAAAUGAAGAUGGGGAAUUAAGUUUUGACUAUAGAGCAAAUGAGAAGGGAGUUGAUGUUACUUCUGCAUCAAGGAAUUCAAUGGAGGUUGAUGUAGCAAGUCAUUCAUUUCCCCAGAGUUCAAAGAUGGAAAAUGCAGAGGUAAACCUGGAGAAAAGCAAUGGGGAUAUUCAGGUCCCAAGUAGGGGGCAUAGAUUGGGUAGCUAUUCAGCCCCCAUAUUUCCAGAAAGGAAGCUUGAUCCUUCUGAAAGAGUAAAACAGAUGCUGCAGUCAUCUACUAACACAUAUGUGCUUCCAACACCAAAUGAUUCAAAGUUUGCAGUCUCUUCAAGAACAAUUAACUCAAAUACCCACACAAGGCCAACAAAUGUAGCUGGACAUCCACAGAAUUUGCGGCAUUCUUCCCCACUUGAGCAAAAGAAGCAUGACAAGGAUGCUGUUGAUGAUCAACUAUCAGAGGUUACCAUCUUGAAAUCUGAGUCGGCCCUCAAGGAGAGCAACAGUAGUAAUACCUCUACACAACUGCCCCCUCCUUUGUCUGAAGGACUAGUACCUUCCCAUUUGGAUAGCUCCUCCAAAGCUAAAAAAAUAAAGAGGAAAGCCGUUUCUGGUCCAUUACCUGGUAAACAAUUGUCGACAAAGCCUGUUUUAUCUGCUAGUGGUCCCAUUGCCCCUACUGAAUUUCCCCAUUUAGAUUCUUCAGUAACUUCUCAUUUGCCAAUUCCUCCACCAUUAUCACCACCAAAAGUAUCCCCAAGUGGCUCACCUCCUCUUGUUUCUUCACCCAGAAUAAAUGAGCUUCAUGCCCUUCCAAGGCCUCCUGGUGGUUCAGCUGCCAAGCCGGCUAAAUCUCCUGCCUUUGUUGGUUACUCUGCCCCACUAGUCUCAAGAAAUCAAGAGCUUUCUACAUGUAAUAUUCCUUCUGUGGCAUCAAGUGGUGCAUCUCCUCUUCCGACCCCACCUUUGAUUGUCCCUCGAAGCUUCUCUAUACCCUCUAGCAAUCAAAGAGCAUUGGCAAUUCAUGUUUCCAGGCUUUUGGAAGCUCCACAAGUUCCAGACAAGGAUGGAGAGGUUGCAUCCCCUCCAUUGACGCCCAUUUCCCUUGUAAACAUCAAACCAGUACCAGAUGCUUCUCAAGUGGCAUCUUAUUCUGGCCAAAUCAAAGUGGAUGCAGGUGGGAGCUGACAAAAACCUCGAAAUCCAAUGAACACGCUGGAUUGCAUUUUUCAAGUCUCAUUAUCUAAAAGGUUGGAUUAGGCUUUGUAAAUAUGUCUCCGGCAAUGUGUUAAUAGGGACGGAUUUGAAGUUGUACAAUCGCACUCAGUGAAAUCCCAAUUUUUUUGGUAAAAUUAUGUAAUUAUUUUAAGUUUAAGAAAUUUUUAAGUUUCUAUUGAUUGAAAUUUAAUUA